AUGGCUAGAAGUGACAUACUUGUCUCACCAGUAGCUAGUGAUGAAGAAGUUGAAAAUUCUGAGUCAAGAGGGUCUGAGUUCCAUGCAGUUGACCUUGGGGAUCCAAGUUUGGAAGUUAAGAUGAGAUUCCAAGAUAUACAGACAUUUAGGGAGGCUGUUAGGGUGUUCAAUCUGAACAGGGGGAAGGACAUUACCUUUAAAAAAAAUGAGAGAAAAAAGUGUAUUGUUGUAUGUAAAGAACCAAAGUGUAAUUACAGAGUGUAUGCUAUACAGGUGGAUGAUAAAGCUACAUUCCAGAUAAUCAGCCUUCAAGGUAGACAUGUGUGCGGCAAGCAAUUUAGGAACUCAAUUGUAAACUCUACAUGGAUAGCUGAUAAACUGAUUGAUAAGUUUAGAGUUCAGCCCGACAUGCCAUUACAUGUGAUACAGAAUGAAGUGAAAGAAAGAUGGAGGAUAGAUGUGAAUCCGAGCAUGAUGUAUAGGGCAAGAAUCAAGGCUAAUAAAAAAAUAUAUGGCAGGAAUGGGGGUCAGUAUGCGGCCUUGUGGGACUAUUGUGAGACCUUGAGAGCAACCGACCCAGGAAGUUGUGUUGUGAUGAAAGUGGAUAGGACAGUACCCGAGGUGAAUCCAAGGUUUCAAAGACUGUAUUGUUCUUUGGCAGCCAUGAAGAAGGGCUUUUUGGAAGGUUGCAGGCCUGCGAUAGGGGUGGAUGGGUGUUUCCUUAAAAGGCCAUUUAAGGGGCAACUUCUAGCUGCAGUUAGACGCGAUGGCAAUGAUAACAUGUAUCCGAUUGCAUAUGCUGUAGUUGAAGAUGAGACUAAGGACAACUGGAUCUGGUUUUUGGAAACCCUAGUGUCCGAUCUUGGGAACCAUGAGCGGAAUGGCAGGCCAACAUUUAUUUCAGAUCGACAGAAGGGUCUAAUGCCAGCCUUUGAUUAUGUCAUGCCAACCGUCGAUCACAGGAUUUGUGUGAGGCAUCUUUAUGCGAACUAUAGGGACAUUGGGGGGCAUAGAGGAAUUGCCCUAAAGGAGAAGUUAUAG